AUGCACGUGACCGGUUUAAUGCUUUUGCACAGGGAAUCGACGGAUUUUCUGCGGCGGCAAGAUCGAGAAAUGAAAAAGAGGAAACGGGCAGCGAAAAUUGAACAGCCAAAAGUUCAGAAUUUGGAUAAAUACCAGCCUCAUAGUGUUCAGGAGGAAGUCCGCGACUUCAGUCUCUAUGGCAACCUCAGAAAGGCGGAUACUGAAGUGAGAAAUCCACUUCCUUCACCAGAAUUGAUCGACCGAGAGAAACAUCUCCUCGAAUUUGACAAACAGAGGCGGAAGAAACCCCAUGAUGUUCAUUACAAAGCUUUUUACCGGUAUUUGUCACCAGCCUUGUCAGACCACUAUGCAGUCAUACCGAAAAGUAUUCCAAAUAGUGCAACUACCACCGGGGACAGAACGGGAUAA